GCCACUCGGCUCCACCCCCUUUUACGAGUGGGGUUUGGCUUCACUGUUCACACUUGUCUCAUUAGAAAGCACCAGCGUGACAACCUUAUCCCCUUAUUUUCCAUAGCCUGACUCUCUUUCAAUUUUCUCCACCAUAUUUUUAUAUUUUUUUUUCUCCUUUCAACUGUGUUCUCCAUCAAAGGUCGUGGACCCUGUCGUUACCUACGAACCAAUGGCAGCCACACGCGGACGCAGGUAAUGUGUUAUCCGGGGGAAAACGAUCGACGGAGCGCGGUUGGACACGGCGAAGAAGAAUGGGCGGCAACCACCACAAGGCGCAUGCCGACGGUGGUCGCGUUAAAAGAUCCCGCCCCCUCGCUUCGCAGGGCUCGUUAAGAUCAGAUCGAAGCCUCAGCUAGAAGUAAAACAACAGAGGAGACAGGGACUUGAUAUCACAGAGAGAAGACGCAUUUCACAGAGAGCAGACGUAUCCCCUUCUAGGCAUCGUUAAAAUCAACUGAUAAAAAAAUAUCAAACAUGCUGGUCCCACCUGAUAUGCUCUCGGCUCAAUCUAAACUUCUUUAUCAACUGAAUAAGUUCUACGGCGAGCGGGUACAGGUGCGCAAAGCCAAUAUAGCCAAGGCCGUUAGAGAAGUAUGUAAAGUGGUUCAAGAUGUGCUGAAAGAGGUUGAAGUUCAGGAACCCAGAUUCAUUUCUUCACUGAAUGAUUGCAACGGACGCUACGAUGGUUUCGAUGUGAUAUCCCCAACAGAAUUCGAAGUCGUACUUUACCUGAACCAGAUGGGCGUGUUCAACUUCGUCGAUGACGGAUCUUUACCAGGAUGUGCAGUACUGAAACUCAGCGAUGGUAGAAAACGGUCCAUGUCUCUUUGGGUCGAAUUCAUUACGGCUUCUGGAUAUUUGUCUGCUAGAAAGAUACGGUCCCGUUUCCAAACAUUGGUGGCUCAGGCCUGUGAUAAAUGCAGUUACAGAGACAUUGUCAAGAUGGUGGCCGACACGACGGAGGUGAAGCUGAGAAUACGAGAGCGCUAUGUGGUUCAAAUCACGCCAGCCUUCAGAUGUAGUGGUCUUUGGCCACGUUCAGCAGCACAUUGGCCAAUACCUCAAAUUCCAUGGCCAAACCCGAACUUAGUGGCGGAAGUCAAGACUGAAGGAUUUGAUCUUCUCUCCAAAGAGUGCAUUACUCUGCAGGGCAAACAAUCUUCAAUGGAAGGUGAUGCAUGGGUGCUGAACUUCAGCGAGGCGGAAAACCGAUUACUACAGGGUGGAUGCCGCAGCAAAUGUCUUAGCAUUCUGAAAACGAUGAGGGAUCGGCACCUAGAUCUUCCAGGAAAUCCUGUAACCAGUUAUCAUAUGAAAACCCUCGUUUUGUAUGAAUGUGAGAAGCAUCCACGUGAAAUAGAAUGGGAUGAAACAUGUCUUGGUGAUCGACUGAAUGGCAUUCUCCUGCAACUCAUUUCAUGCCUACAAUGCCGUAGAUGUCCACAUUAUUUUCUGCCACAACUGGAUCUCUUUAAAGGAAAAUCAGUGAGUUCUCUCGAAAACGCUGCAAAGCAAUGCUGGCGAUUAACGCGAGAGCUACUUACAAACCCAAGAUCCUUCGAAAAAUUGUGAUGAUGCAAACAGCAUGCGACACUUAAGAUCCCAAAGGAGGAGAAACAAAAUUAAGCUCAGCAACGAAAUUUAUUUAAAGUGGGAUUUAGUGCAAUUUUUUAAAACUAAAAAUCGAUUAUUACAAUUUCAGGACAAAGUGUUUAGAAAUGUGUUGAAAAGUUUUAUUAUUUCUGUUUUGAAUUUCAAUAUUUAUCUUAUCAAAUGAAAGUUUAGGGAGCCAGUAUAAUGUUUAUUGUUUUAAGUUUUUAUUGAAAAUAACAAUGAUAUGGAGUGUUGCGCAACUAUCAAUUUAGAUUAUAUAAUCGAAAUCUACAAUUCAUAAAAAGUAUAAUCAUAUUAGAUAACUGAAAAAAAAUAUAGAACAUUUCCCAGUUUAGAUACAGGACAAUAUAAUAUCUUGUGAUGAAUAACAACGAUAAAAGUGAUUUUAUGUGUGUUUUGUACAUUUGCUUUUAGUGAACAUUGAACUGUUUUAAUGUGCAAAUUAUAGAGAAACUAUUGUGUAACUUUGAUGCAAUGAUGAUUUCUUAGAUAUUUAAAUUUAUAUAACAUGUACUCUGAAUGUUUUGAAGUGAUGCUCGUCAUAAAUGUAUAGAGCUUUAUGUGUACAGCUUGAUUUGUACAGAAAUACAGCCAGGUAGAUAUAA